AUGCCGGCCAUUCCUAUCGAUGCAAAGAACAUCACAAAGACAUUCGACUAUCUGGUGAUCGGAGGCGGUUCCGGAGGGCUUGCUAGUGCUAGAAGAGCCGCCAGUUUUGGUGCAAGUGUCGCCAUUGUUGAAUAUGAUCGAAUGGGAGGAACAUGUGUCAACAGAGGCUGUGUCCCUAAAAAGAUCAUGUGGACUGCAGCUUCCAUCGCUGAAUCACUCCACGAAGCAGCUGGCUACGGGUUUGAUGUCACAAUCAACAAAUUCUCUUGGAAUCUCGUGAAAAACAAACGUGAAGCAUACAUUCGUCGUCUAAAUGGCAUAUACGCUACCAAUCUCGUCAAAGACAAGGUCGAAACUAUAACUGGACAUGCUCGUUUUGUCUCUGAACGUGUGGUUGAGGUUGAAGGCAAGCUGUAUGAGGGUAAACAUGUCUUGAUUGCAACGGGUUCGAGAGCUACGAUACCACCAUUGGAAGGUGCUCAGAAGUGGGGUAUAACUAGUGAUGGGUUCUUCGCGAUGGAUGAGAUGCCAAAGAAGGUCGCUGUCGUCGGGGCCGGAUAUAUCGCUGUAGAACUAACCGGCAUCUUCCACGCCUUGGGCGCAGACGUUACUCUCUUCAUCCGCCACUCUGAUUUCCUCCGCUCAUUCGAUUCCAUCAUCCACAAAACCCUCAUGGACGAAUACAAACGUGCCGGUAUCAAAAUAGUUAUCAACUCUCAAGUAGUCAAGACUGAAAACUUGGGAACUGAAGAAAACAAGAAUCUGCGUCUUACCGUCCAUGACUCUGAAAAGAAUACUGAUACUAUAUUAGAGGGAUUCGAGGAUAUUAUUUUCGCUGUUGGACGUGCCGCCAAUGUUGAAGAAUUGGGGUUGGAGAAUGUUGGGACAAAGCUUAAUGAUCAUGGAUAUCUGAUUAGUGAUGAGUGGCAAGCGACUAAUGUUCCUAACGUAUAUGCUUUGGGUGAUGUUUGUGGUGUUGCCAUGUUGACUCCAGUUGCUAUUGCCGCUGGCCGUCGUCUAUCAGACCGACUCUUUGGUGGCAAACCAAACUCCAAGCUGGAUUAUACCAACAUCCCUUCAGUCAUCUUUUCACAUCCUACUGCUGGUAGUGUCGGCUUGACCGAAGAAGAAGCACGCCACAAGUACGGCAACGACAAGAUAAAGAUUUAUCAAGCACGAUUCACAAACAUGCAUUAUGGAUUGUUAGAUUUCAAACCACCAACGGCAUACAAACUAGUAUGUGCUGGACCUGAAGAAAAGGUCGUUGGACUGCAUAUUGUUGGAAAGGCUUCAGACGAGAUCUUGCAAGGGUUUGCUGUUGCUGUCAAGAUGGGUGCAACCAAGGCCGAUUUCGAUGCUACGGUGGCAAUACAUCCCAGUGCAGCUGAAGAACUAGUAACCAUGCGAUAG